AUGUUUGUUGCUACGGACUUUGAUCGUGCGUUGCAAUUGGCCAAGGCGUCCGACGACCGUCGUGCAGCUAACAAGUCGCUCGGCCUGGUGGACGGCAUUCCUGUGGGUGUGAAAGACCUUUUUUGCAUGGAAAAUAUGCCCACUACUGCCUCCUCUAAAAUCCUCGAGGGCUUUGUGUCUCCCUACGAGUCGACGGCCACACAGAGACUGCUCAAUCAAGGUGCAGUACUUCUGGGUAAGCUGAACAUGGACGAGUUCGCAAUGGGAUCUGGCACGCUGUACUCUAAGUUUGGUGCGACCAUCAACCCAUGGUCGAAGGAUCUCGGGGAUAAGGCGGUGGUUGCAGGUGGGAGCUCAGGUGGAAGUGCCGCGGCGGUCGCUUCAGGAUGCUGUUUUGCGGCGCUGGGAUCGGAUACGGGAGGCUCAGUGCGUCAGCCUGCUGCGUAUUGCGGCAUUGUCGGACUAAAGCCGUCGUACGGACGAGUAUCACGCUACGGUAUGAUUUCGUAUGCGAGCUCUCUGGAUACGCCGGGGAUUUUUGCAAGAUCUGUCGGUGAUGCAGCCAUUGUGCUAAAGGCUAUCGCGGGGCCAGACCCAAUGGACUCGACUUGCAUUACUGAUACGUUGCCGGAUAACUGGUGCUCAAACACGGUUCAGUCUUCGAAACAAUCCAAGAAAGUUGACUUGACUGGUGUUCGGGUUGGCGUUCCCGCGGAAUACUUCGUGAAAGAACUCCCUGACGAAAUUGUAGAAGUGUGGGAUCAGGGCAUUACAUGGCUUCGUGACGCGGGUGCUCAAGUCUUUAGCGUGUCGCUGCCAACGACGAAGAUAUGCAUUCCAGCCUACUACAUUCUGGCUUGUGCCGAAGCGUCUUCGAAUUUGUCUCGCUAUGACGGUGUUCGCUACGGUUAUAGGGCAAAGGACAUUACUUUGAAGUCGCAAGAAAACCAGUCGGAUGCUCUUCAUGACUUGUACUGCAGAACACGAUCGGAGGGAUUUGGAGAAGAAGUACAGCGUCGAAUCCUUUCCGGUACAUUUGUGCUCUCCGCUGGUGCCAUGAGUGACUAUUAUGAACGAGGCGUGAUUCUGCGUCAACGUAUUCGCCAAGACUUCCAGCGAGCCUUUGAAGAGCAGGGUCUUGACGUCUUGUUGACCCCUACUACGCCUUCAGGGCCGUUUCCCAUUUGCAGCAAGCAAGCGAAGGAGGAUCCCGUCAGCAUGUACCUGAAUGACGUUAUGACUGUUCCAGCGAAUAUGGCCGGCGUACCCUCCAUCUCCCUUCCAGCUGCACUGACAAGUGACAGAAAUUAUCCGCUUGGACUUCAGCUCAUGGGAGCUCGCAAGAUGGAAGAUCGUCUACUGCAAGUUGCAAACGCCUUGGAGCAGCGAGCUAACUUUUGUAAACUUGUUCCUGCGCGUGUGUACGUAACUGACAGAUAA